AUGGGUGGACAGAUAUCCAAAGAAAAUAUAACAGCCGCAUCGACUGUCGCGGGAGGAAGACGACGCAUGACUGAAAAUUACUUGGUCAUCUGGGUCGACGGAAACAUUGAUCCAACCAAUAAAGAUUGUCAACAUACACUCGCGGAAUUGCGUGGUGUUGUCAACCAAGUCAAUCCUUGUACCACGACGGAAGAAUGUAUUCAAUUGCUCAAUGAAAAUAAUGAGGAGACCUCAUUCGUUAUCUGCUCUGGUGCACUUGGACAGCAGCUCGUUCCAGACAUCCAUAACAUGCCAAAACUUGAUGCCAUUUACAUUUUUUGUCGCAACAAACAAUGUCAUGCAGCAUGGGCAGAAAAUUGGGCAAAAAAUAAAGGUGUGCAUACUUUAAUCAAGCCUAUUUGUGAUGAAUUGAAAAUGGCUGUCAAGCAAUGCAAUCAAAACACCAUGCCGGUAAGCAUUGUUGGUGCGAAUGAAGGAGGUUCUAGCAAAAAGCUCAAUCAGCUUGAACCGGCUUUUAUGUAUUCUCAAAUAUUCAAGGAAAUCCUCCUUGACAUGAAACAUGACAAAAAAGCUAUCGAAGACCUAGUUACCUUUUGUCAAGAAGGAUACCGUGACAAUGUCCAAGAAACAAAAAUUAUUGAAGAAUUCGAAAAAACAUAUCAACCAUCAAAAGCCAUUUGGUGGUAUACACGUGAGUGCUUCACAUAUAAAAUGCUCAAUCGAGCAUUAAAAGUAUUGAACGGCGAUAUCAUUAUAAGAAUGGGCUUUUUUCUUUGUGAUGUACACCGACAAAUCGAACAUCUACACAACAAGCAGCUCAAUCAAUAUCAUGGAAAGGCUUUUACAGUUUAUCGAGGUCAAGGAUUAUUGACAGAAAACUUCGAAAAACUUGACAAAAACAAAGGUGGGCUUAUAUCUUUUAAUAACUUUUUAUCCACCAGUAGAAAUAGAGAUGUGGCCCUCCGUUUCGCCAAGGAAGCCUUAAGAACAACCGAUACAGUCGGUAUUCUUUUUCAAAUAACCACUGAUCCCAUGGUCUCAUCGACUCCGUUCGCAUCCAUUCGAAAGGUGAGUUACUUUCCGAAAGAAGAAGAAAUUCUCUUCUCCAUGCAUACAGUUUUUCGAAUUGGUGACAUUCGAAAACUUCACAACAACAGUUCACUUUAUGAAGUAGACCUUAAACUGACGUCAGAUGACGACAAACAACUUCGUGAAUUAACUGACUUUUUACGAAAAGAGGUCAGCGGUAUUGGAUGGUAUCGAAUGGGUCAAUUACUGCUCAAAAUAGAUCAAUUCGACAAGGCUGAAGAAUUGUAUACGGCACUUCUAGAACAAGCAUCCGACGACCGUUGGAAAGCAUGUAUCUAUCACCAACUCGGAUGGGUGAAAUAA